AUGGCAAGACGUAGGAAACAAAUAUGGUGGCGGGACAAGAGUAGUUCAUCGCCUUCUGAAUUAUCUGUACUAAUGGACCUCGGCUCCAUCAAAGACAAUCUGCAGAUUGGCGAUGGUGAUGCCUUGGAACCACAAAUACAAAAUCCACAGACCAAGCCAAGGUCUUCAUUAUCUUUGAAUGCUUAUGGUGAGAACCAAAACAGAAGUAGAAGCAUUAUUACGAAAAACGUAAAGAAGUCAACUCAAGGAAACAAGGAUUUCAAUCGUAAUUUUAUCUCGGAAGAAAAAGCCAUUAUUAAGGAAGAUGAUCCUGUCACCUUACGGCAGAAAAGAAGUAUCAACAAGAAAGAAAAUUUAGACCUUCAAAACCAAAUGCCUUACGAAAGUGAGACAAUAUGGUGGAAAGAAGGUAAUGGAACCGAACCAGCAGAAAUGACGGUGUUGCUACCGAUUGGUUCCUUGRAAGACAAAACGAACAAGGAAAACAAAAACAAAGUGCAACACAAACUAAAGCAGAAURCAAACAAAAUAGAAAGGAUUUGGUGGCGUGAAGAUGGAGAUAAAAAUGUAAGAGAAAUGACAACRAUGACAUCCCUAGGAUUCAUAGACAACCAUCACGUAGAUGAACCGUCCGCAACUUUCACUGUCCAGCACCUAGACUCUCGUGACAAAAACAACACCAGUGAUACUUUGCCACGAACAACCAUCGUGGGACGAAAAACUACACAGGAUACAAUUGGCUUAGAURCUCGAAAUAUGAAACCAGUUCUCAAAGAAACAAAAAGAAUUAAUAAAGGUGGAGCAAAUAUUACUGGCUUUGGUGUCACAAGAAUUUUGACAACAAAACCAAAUGUCACUGAAGUGAAUGUAACCCAGGCAAAGUUCACUCGUGUCAAUGGAACCCAGACAAAGGUCACUGGUGUUAAUGGAACCCAGACAAAGGUCACUCGUGUCAAUGGAACCCAGGCAAAGGUCACUCGUGUCAAUGGAACCCACGGAAAUAUCACAGGAGUCAACGAAACCCAGGCAGAGAUCACAAUUGUUAAUGUAACCCAGGCAAAUGUUACGGAAGUGAAUGUAACCCAGUCAAAUGUCACAGGAGUCAAUGUAACCAAGGCAAAGUUCACUCGUGUCAAUGGAACCCAGACAAAGGUCACUGGUGUCAAUGGAACCCAGACAAAGGUCACUCGUGUCAAUGGAACCCAG